AUUACGACCUGAACAUCAUUUAAUGCUUGAUAAGACCUUUGAGGAUCAAAGAGACUUGGUUAAAAAAUCUAUACUUCCACAAAUUACGAACGCCUUAGACAAAGAAACAUUUCCAGUUGUUGAUA